AUGUCUCAGAGCCGCAUCGCCGAGCUGGCCAGCGCUGUGGCCCAGCACACCCAACGCGUCGACUGCUAUCUCGCCGAAAACAACCUACCACACCCCUCAUUUGACGCCGAUAGCCCUGUUGAACUCGGCCUGCCCGCCGAUAUCGAAGGGUCGCGCAUCGCAGCUCUUCAAGCAACCCAAGAGCUCAACGACUUGCUGCAGGGACCGCGGGGUUUGGUUUUCAAUUUGCAGCACAAUGUGCUGGUGCCUCUGCAACUAAUCUCACGUUUUGAUAUCGCCAACAAAGUCCCUGUGCACGGGGAGACCACAUUCGAAGCGCUGGCAGCCAGUACCGGUGUCGACCAUGGAGCACUGGGUACCAUUCUACGCCACGGUAUCGCGUAUCGAAUAUUCAAAGAGCCCCGUCCUGGCGUGAUUGCACACUCUGCAGCGUCGCGACAGAUGGUCGAAGAUCCUCGCUUUGCGAGCUGGAUUGCAAGCAAUGUGGACGACAUGUGGCCAGCGGCAGAAAAGGUUGUAGACGCGUUGACGAAAUGGCCGACUGCUGCAGAGCCAAAUCAAACUGCGUUCUCACUGGCAAACCGAACCGAUCUUCCUUUCUACAGCGUGCUAGAGCAAAACCCAGAGCGAGCGCGCCGUUUCGGCGGUGCCAUGAGCUUUUUCACCACAGGCGACGGGUAUUCGCUUCGUCAUCUCACCGAUGGAUAUCCCUGGGAGAAAAUCAGUUCUGGAACAGUCGUCGACCUAGGCGGAUCUCACGGCGAUGCAGCAUUUGCUCUGGCUCGUAAAUAUCCUCACCUCAACCUGGUCGUCCAGGAACUGCCCCAGGUUGUUGCAAAUGCCAAAGAAGAGGAGGGCCUGAAUGUGAGGUUUAUGGUGCACGACUUGUUUCAAGAGCAGCCCAUCCACGGCGCUGACGCAUAUAUCUAUCGCUGGAUUUUCCACAACUGGCCUGAAAAGUACUGUAUCCAAGCUCUGAGGUCUUUGAUCCCAGCGCUGAAACAGGGCUCACGGGUACUUGUCAUGGAAUUUUUGAUGCCGCCCCCUGGCACGCUCCCUAACGAUGUUGAUAGAAAGCUGAGGUCGAUGGAUCUGACGAUGUUGGAAAUUGGAAAUGCAAAGGAACGCGAUCUUGGCGAGUGGAAGGCCUUGUUUGGGAAGGCGGAUUCGAGGUUUGUCUUUAGAGGGGUAGAGCAGCCCCCGGGGUCUUCGCUGUCGAUUAUCGAGGUAACCUGGGAUGAUUGA